GGAGUGUUGAGUUGUCGUUUUACAGUCUUUAAGCGUGAGAGCUUCGAAGAAACACCAUCAAAUUCCUUUUAUUUGCUAAAUAUCCAUUGAGCUUAAAAAGACCACCGCUUCUUUGGGUUCUCAUCUCUCCUCCUCUAAAUUACUUCAAUAUCUCGUAGCUACUUUUUUUUUUUGAGAAAAUCUGAAACCUCCACAAAUCUCAAAUAAGGAAUGAAAUGAGUAUGAGAUCGCUGCGUAAAUCGCCACGUAAACAUGUUCUAUCGCCAACUCUUCUCAUCCUGAUCACAAUAUUUCUCUUUGGUAUCCUCACAAACUUCCAAACCUUAUCAUACCUCUUCCGCCCUCUCUGGGACAAACCACCACCACCUUUCAAACGAAUCCCACAUUACUACGCGGAGAACGUCUCCAUCCCCCAUCUCUGCCAGCUCCACGGAUGGACUCCCAGGACAGAGCCGAGACGAGUCUUCGACGCCAUCAUAUUCAGCAACGAGCUCGAUCUUCUCGAACUCCGAUGGCAGGAGCUAGGCCCCUACAUUUCGAAGUUCGUAAUUCUUGAAUCCAAUACCACCUUCACGGGCAUCCCGAAACCGCUCUUUUUCGAAUCCAACAGAGAGAGAUUCGCCUUCGCGGAGAGUAAGAUAGUCCACGGAGUCUUCCCCGGGAAGAAGAGUUUACACCAACAACAACCACAAGAAGAUCCUUUCGUACUCGAAGGGCAACAACGCAUCGCCAUGAACUGGCUCCUCAGAGAAGCUGAUGUCUCCGAUGGUGACGCGGUGAUAAUGUCGGACGCAGACGAGAUCCCGAGCCCUCACACCGUGAAGUUUCUCCAGUGGUGCGACGGGAUACCUAACGUGAUGCACCUUGAGAUGAGGGAGUACAUGUACUCCUUCGAGUUCCCGGUCGAUUACAGUAGCUGGAGAGCCUCUGUGCAUAUAUACAGCAAGAAAUGGACUCAUUACCGUCACUCGCGGCAAACGGACUUGAUCUUAUCCGACGCCGGGUGGCAUUGUAGCUUCUGUUUCCGACGCCUCAGCGAGUUUGUUUUUAAGAUGAAAGGGUAUAGUCACGCGGAUAGAGUGAAGCGCAAGGAGUUUCUAGAUUACUCGAGGAUACAGAAACAUAUAUGUAAAGGGUAUGAUCUCUUUGACAUGCUUCCUGAGGAAUACAGCUUCAAAGAUUUGAUUAGCAAAAUCGGACCCAUCCCGCCUUCUGCGUCUGCUGUGCAUUUGCCUGCGUUUUUGAUUCGGAAUGCUGCUCGUUUUCGGUUUCUUUUACCGGGAGGCUGUCUCAGAGAGCCUUAGCUAAAGUGUGGUUCUUAGUACAGAUAUAGAGAAAGCGAUUGUUUCUUGUAUAAAGAAAAAAAGGUUUUUUGGUGUCAAACCAACUUAAUCCCAAAAACAG